AUGGAUCAGAAAUGGAUUAUGAAUUUGGAUGUAAGUAAAAUACGGUACAAUAUCUCUUGAUAACCUACAAAUCAUCUUGAUGACAUUACAUUUUUUUAGGUGUGGAGGCAGAUUGUGGACUUGGUCGAUGAUGGGGAAACCCUGACCAAUCUGGCAGCCACUCACAGUUUCUUCAAUAGGUUGAUUGGUACUGACUUCAAGUUGUUAUGUGUCCACCAUCGUAUCUAUAGACUUCCCAACGAAUCUUGGGCAGAAGCCUUUUCGCGGUAAGGCUAAUAUCGGCUCUCUGCAUUUUUCCUUGCUUUUUACGACCGGGGACAGCUAAAAUUCUGAGACAUUUUGUCCUAUCACACAGUUGCUGAAAGCUCAGAAUUGAGGACAUUUGUUUUUAGCGCCAACGGUCGUCAUCUCGAGCCUUAUAAGCAUAUAAAUUCAACUUCAAACAUUGCUUUGUGCGGUUACAUGUUUGCUUAUCAUGAUGCCACCAGCAGUUCGAUCGUCGUUUCGUCCAUGGAUUUGCAAGAAGAUACGGUGGAUAGAAUAAAAGUCGAUUCAAAUAUUUCCCAUCUAUCUCUGUUCGACAAUGGAAGGAUGUUAUCUUAUGUAAGUUAAUGUAUUAUAAUAACAACGAUAUAUCCGUGUCAUCUAUGAGCUUGUGACCGUAAUUUGAUUAAUUUCAGUGGCUCGAAACAGAUCGAACCAGAGAAAUGGUGAUUUACAGCAUCAUUUCCAAGCAAAUUGUAUCCUCAUUAACGUAUAAUGCAACAGAUGACCUCCUGAUUGACAAUGGAUCAGUCUAUAAUAACAAUACAAAGACUCUUUUUGAUGGUUGCAAUCAACAAACUUACCAUUUAUAUUCGAAUACAGCCUAUGCUAUGAAAUGCGAAUACGGGGAACAAGAUCAUUACUUUGUUUUCCGGGAAAAGCAUGGAAUCCGAGUUGUAAAUACAACAACAGGAGGGAGGAUGUUGAUUAAGAACUUUUUGUGUGAUCUGACAACUUAUAAAUUUGACAAGAACCACUUUAUUAUUCUUCCGGAAUCCCAUACUUUGAUCAGCAGGAAUCGUAAGCAUCAUAUUAUAUUACAAUUUAUUUAACAAGGGACGGUCUCAAGGUUCUGAAAAUUCAAGUUCCAAUCUCUAAUAUAUGUACAGAAAUUUUUUGUCUUUCAGAAAAUGUAAUCGAAAUCCAUGACAUGAAACGGAAAUUACUAUUAAAAUCGCAUCAUUGCAAAGACUUCCCUGUGGUUGAAUAUGAAUGGAAUAAGCUCAGGGAAUGGAACUUCUGUCCUCAUUUUACUAUCCUUAGCGAUUACUUGAUUACUGAUUGCGAUAAUGGAGAUGUAAGUCAUCAUGCAGAUUUUCUAUAGUAAUUAUUUUGGGAAAUGAUGUCGUAGUGCCUAAUUAUUUAUUCCAGUUCCUUCGUUAUGAUAAGGAAGAAGGAGUUUGGAUCAAGGAUGACAAAAGAUCUGUUAAAAACAAGUAUUCAAACAAGAUUUAUACGGAUUGUUUUGGCAAACCAUCGAUGGAAAAGAAAAUUUUAUUGUUGAAAAAGGAGGAAAAUGAAUUCAGACACUUUAAAUUACAUCAGAAAGCCGACUGUAAGUGCAUCUGUAUAUUUCAUUAACAUAUUUGUGCUACCCAACUAACUUUAUUUAUUUUAGGUGUCAAAUCAAUCUCAUCCGCCGAUCUCUCGACCAAUCAGUUCUGUUCUCCUCAAUCUUCAUCGGAAUCCCUAAAACGGAGGGCUCGUCAAUUGUUUGUUGCUUAA